AAGAUUUAGAGUUUAGAGUUUUAAACUAGAAAAGGAUUCAUUUAUUUUUUAAUUUAUUAUGAGUUUUAGAUUUUAUUUUGACAUAUUAUUUGAUGCUUGUCUUUAAAAGUUUAUGAUUUAUAAUUUAGAACUUUAGGGUUUAGGUUAUGUUUAGGUUUAAAAUUUGGAAAGGGGUAAAUUUGAGUUUCUUUUGAAAUUGAUUAUAUAUGCUGAUUUUUUUUCUAACAUAUCAUUUGGUGUUUAUUUUAAUAAGAUGAUCAUACAUUAGAAGUUUAGGUAUAAAUAAGGUUUAAAUUUUCAACGAAUUAAGUUGUGUCUACAUAUUUCCACGAAACAAAUCGUAGCUAAUAGUGGAUUUGAAUUUCAAAUAUCUACAAAAUAUAAAUCGUAACUAUUUAGCCACAAAAAUCUAUGCAGUAGCCACAAAUUUUGGAUUUUUUAAAUGAUAGCUUGUUUGUGGCUAUUUGCGGCUUCAAAAUUACAGCCAAAAAAAUUUUGUAGCUAAUUCGUAGCUAUAUUCUAUUUUUCUUGUAGUGCAACGACAUCUCAAGAAUCCUAUAUAAAGAGUCAUUAUCGAAUUCAUUAUAUAUACAAACCUAAAAAGACCCAACACUUCUCUAACCAAUAAGAAGGAAUCUAGCACCAAAAAAAACAAUAAUAGAAGUAUGACGAAGAAACAAUUACUGCUCGUGAUUAUCUUAGUUGUUAUUUUCGUUAUUGUCUUGGACGUUACGCAAGUUGAGGCCAUGAGGCCUUUCCCGGAGGCCGUCGAUGAGAUCAGUCUACUGUUGUUUCAGUCGCUGCAAAGAGGCCCGGUCACUGGCUCUAGUCGGAGCGGUUGCACCAAUAUUCCUCGCGGCUCAGGAAGGUGCCGCCGCGGCUAGAGCUGUCAUACGAAUCUUCUUCCACUUCAUUAUUCGUUGAUUCUUUUUUUUUUCCCACACUUGUGUGUUACGUACAUAAUUACAUAUACGUAAUUAUACGAUAGCUUUAGACUUGGUCUCAUAUCAUUUGAACUGUAAUCAAUUUUAUUUAAUGUUUGUCCUCAAUGACAAUACAUACAUUCUUUUUUGGCUAUUCACUAAGUUUGUCAAGAAAAGCCAUUUGUAGAAACAAAUAUACAAAUAAUCAAUAGAUUUCCGUCUUAAAAAUAGAAACUUUAUUGG